CCAGGGGAACCAGAGGAACCAGAGGAGCCAGAGAACCCAGUGGAACCAGGGGAACCAGAGGAACCAGGGGAAGCAGAGGAGCCAGGGGAACCACCAGAGAACCCAGAGGAAACAGAGGAACCAGGGGAACCAGUGGAACCAGAGAACCUAGGAGAACCAGGGAAACCAGAGGAACCAGAGGCACCAGGGAAACCAGAGGAGCCAGAGAACCGAGAGGAACCAGGGGAACCAGUAGAACCAGAGAACCUAGGGGAACCAGGAAAACCAGGGGGACCAGAGGCACCAGGGGAACCAGAGGAGCCCGAGAACCCAGAGGAAGCAGGGGAACCAGUGGAACCAGAGAACCUAGGGGAACUAGGGGAACCAGAGGAACCAGAGAAACCUGAGGAACCAGAGGAACCAGAGGAGCCAGAGAACCCAGUGGAAUCCGGGGAACCAGAGAAACCAGGGGAACCAGAGAACCUAGGGGAACCAGGGAAACCAGAGAAACCAGAGAAACCUGAGGAACCAGAGAAACCAGAGGAACCAGGGGAACCAGAGGAGCCAGAGAACCCAGUGGAACCCUGGGAACCAGAGGAACCAGACGAACCAGAGAAACCAGAGGAACCAGAGAAACCAGAGAAACCAGAGAAACCAGAGGAACCAGGGGAACCAGAG